UCUGGAAGUGGGAGCUGUUGAGUCUCCUCAGUGCACCGCCGGCGCCGCCUCCUCUCCGCUCCUCUCCGCUCCGCUGCUGCCGCCGCCGCCGCUGCUGCUGCUGCUGCUGCUGAGGACAGAGGACAGAGGACAGACCUGCAGCGGAAACUUCUGCAAAAGGAGACACGAAGGGCAGCCGAGAGGAGUGUGUGCAUAAAAGCCCGCCCCGCUGAGCCCCUUGAGACGUCCGGCCAGGUGUUUUCUACCGUCUAUGAGGACUCCUCUCCGCUCGCCAUCGCCACUCGCCGACCGACCGCUCGCGCUGCAGUAGGUGCUGCUGACUCAGCUCUUCCUGCAGCCAUGGCCCGACAGAGCGCUGAGCUGUCCCACUGCUAGGCGACGGGGCAUCCGAGAGGGCAGGAGACAUGUUGGGACAGAGGCCCGGGGACCACUGCACUGAAUUCUGUUACUAUAGCAACUACUGUAGUAACCAUGGAGAUGCUACGGAGGACUGGUCUGGUCUGCACUGUCAUGGUCGUCAUGGUUGCCACCGAGGUCGCAGGAGGUCACAGGGAUGAGUUUGGCCAGUCACAAGCUGCUUUCUUGUCCAGUCUUGGCCAGUAUGAGAUCGCCAUCCCAGUACGUGUCGGACCUAAUGGCGAGACGCUGGACGCGGAAACGACCCAACACCACCAAAGAAGAAGUAGACGCAGCGCUGACGACAGGCUGCCUGACUCUCUCUUCUACCAGCUGUCGACGUCACGGAACAACUUCCUGCUGAACCUGACGCUGCAGGGAGGCCUGCUGUCUCGUCAGUUCAGGGUGGAGUACUGGAAGAGGGGUCGAUUAGCCUGGAGUCACCCAUACUCUCCCCACUGCCACUACGUAGGACACCUCCAAGACCAACCGCACUCCAGUAAAGUGGCCCUGAGCAACUGUAACGGCCUGCAGGGGGUGAUUGUUGCAGGGGGAGAGGAGUACCUGAUUGAACCCCUUGUCUCACCAGAUAACCAAACCAAGACGGAGAAGGGGGAGAGAGCAGAGGGGCGCCCCCAUGUGGUUUACAAGCGGUCGUCGCUCCGUCAUCAGUACAAGGGCCAGUCCUGUGGAGUCAUCGAUGAGAAGCCAAUGAAAGGUGCAUCAUGGUGGCAGCGGACUCUGAAGACGCCUCCUCAUCACGUCGGCCGCGGCCAGCUGCCUCUCAAGCGCUCAGUUAGCCGGGAGCGCUACGUGGAGACGCUAGUGGUGGCGGACAAGAUGAUGGUGGGUUACCACGGUCGCAGGGACAUCGAGCAGUACAUCCUGGCCGUCAUGAAUAUUGUUGCCAAACUGUUCCAGGAUUCUAGCCUGGGGAAUGCAGUCAACAUUGUGGUGACGCGGCUCAUCCUGCUCAUGGAAGACCAGCCAACCUUAGAGAUCAACCACCAUGCAGGGAAGUCUUUAGACAGCUUCUGUAAGUGGCAGAAAACCAUCCAGCACCGGAGCAGCUACGGGAACGCCAUACCGGACAACGGCAUCGCUCACCACGACACUGCUGUGCUCAUCACCAGGUACGACAUCUGCAUCCAAAAAAACAAGCCCUGUGAAACCCUAGGUCUGGCUCCAGUCGGAGGGAUGUGUGAGCCAGAGAGGAGCUGCAGCAUCAAUGAGGACAUCGGCCUGGGGACGGCCUUCACUAUCGCCCAUGAGAUCGGACAUACGUUCGGGAUGAACCACGACGGCAUGGGGAACGCCUGCGGGCCGCGCAGCCAGGAGACCGCCAAGCUGAUGGCCGACCACAUCACCAUGAAGACUAACCCGUUCAUCUGGUCCACCUGUAGCCGGGAUUACAUCACCAGCUUCCUGGACUCAGGUAUGGGCUCCUGUCUGAACAACGUCCCCCCGAAGCAGGAGUUUGUGUACCCCACCACAGCGCCAGGUCAGGCCUACGACGCAGACGAACAGUGCCGCUUCCAAUACGGCGUCAGAUCUCGACAAUGUAAAUACGCGGAAGUCUGCAGCGAACUUUGGUGCAUGAGCAAGAGCAACCGUUGCAUCACCAGCAGCAUUCCCGCUGCAGAAGGAACCAUCUGUCAGACCAACACCAUCGAGAAAGGGUGGUGCUACAAGAGGGUGUGCGUUGCCUACGGGACCCGUCCAGAAGGUGUGGACGGAGGAUGGGGUUUGUGGUCACCCUGGGAGGAGUGCAGCAGGACGUGUGGAGGCGGAGUCUCCUCUUCAGUCAGACACUGUGACAGCCCCAGGCCAACCAUCGGCGGAAAGUAUUGUCUGGGGGAGAGGAAACGCUUCAGGUCCUGCAACAUCGACGAGUGCCCGGCGGGCUCUCGAGACUUCCGUGAGAUCCAGUGCUCCGACUUUGACAGCGUUCCUUUCAGGGGAAAGUUUUACACCUGGAAGCCAUACAGAGGAGGGGGGGUGAAGCCGUGCUCUCUCAACUGUCUAGCAGAAGGAUACAACUUCUACACAGAGCGUGCUCCAGCUGUGGUGGACGGCACACUGUGCAGGGACGACUCUCUGGAUGUGUGCGUAAACGGAGAGUGUAAGCAUGUAGGUUGUGACCGCGUCCUGGGCUCAGACGUCCGCGAGGACCGCUGCCGGAUCUGUGGGGGGGACGGGAGCAGCUGCGUCUCCGUGGAGGGACUCUUCAAUGACUCGCUGCCUGAAGGAGGUUACGAAGAGGUGGUCAGAAUUCCCAAAGGAUCAGCGUUCAUCCACAUACAAGAGCUCAACAUCUCCCUCAACUACCUUGUGCUGAAGAGUAAAGGCGACCAGUACUUCAUCAACGGGAAGCUGACCAUCGACACCCCGCGCAGGUUCAACGUCGCCGGCACCACCUUCCACUACAGACGACCCACGGACGGACCGGAAACCCUUGAAGCUUUGGGCCCAACAAACAUGACCCUCGUCGUCAUGGUGCUGGUGAGGGAGGAGAACCCUGGGAUCCACUAUCGCUUCAACCCCCCAGUCAACAGGGAUCCUCUGACCGGCUUUGCCUGGCACUACACCUCCUGGUCACGCUGCUCGACUCUCUGCGCUGGAGGUGUGCAGAUCCAGCAGGUGGUGUGCAGGAAACAGCUGGACCAUUCAAUCGUCUACAACCACUUCUGUGACAAGAAGAGCAAACCCAAAGAGAAGAGGAGAUCCUGUAACACUGAGCCGUGCUCCCCGACCUGGGGGACAGGAGAGUGGUCGGAGUGCAGCCGCAGCUGUAACGGUGGCCUGCGGACCCGGGAGGUGUUGUGCAAAAGGCGUCUCUCCGCGACGGAGGAGAAGGUCCUGGACGACUCGGCCUGCACCCCGCCUCGCCCUUCGCUCACCGAGCCCUGCAGCAACCACAGCUGCCCCCCUGAAUGGCUGGCCCUGGACUGGUCAGAGUGCACUCCCAGCUGUGGUCCUGGCUACAGACACCGCGUAGUCGUGUGUAAGAGCGGGGAGAGCGGCGACACGCUGCCAGAGUCCAAGUGCCCCAAACAGGGUCGGCCCACCUCCAGGGUGCGCUGUAACCUGCAGCGCUGCCCUCCCCCUCAGUGGGUGACGGGUCCCUGGGGAGAGUGUUCUGCCAAGUGUGGCCUGGGUCAGGAGAUGCGUUCGGUGCAGUGCCUGACCCACACCAGCCAGCCGUCCAACGAGUGUCUGGAGCAUCAGCGGCCCGCGGGCAUGCAGCAGUGCAAGAGCAAAUGUGAUCUCAGUGACCUCAUCGUUUCAGACAACCCUGAAGAGUGUAAAGAUGUGAACACUGUGGCCUACUGCCCCCUUGUGCUCAGGUUCAAGUUCUGCAGCCGACCAUAUUUCAGACAAAUGUGCUGCAAGACCUGCCAGGGACACUGACACCCGCGACGCUCACAUCAUCCAUCUCUGGGUCCUGUACUCUCUCGCAGUAAACCCGAACCCCUCCCACUGAGCCUCGUGAGCAGCAGCCCUCGCCCUGCCUCUGUCGGAGGAGUGUGGCGUCUUAACUGGGGACGCUGUCGUGCAGACGCCCGGUCCCGUAAACCGGUCGGAGGGACGCUGGUUCAGACGUAACUCCGGGCCGAGCUGGUUUUGUUUUUGUUUUUGUUUUUUUUGUUUUUUAACACAUUCCACUGGAGGGAGGGCUGCUGAAACCUGGAGAGGCAGAGAGAGGGAUUUUAGGAUGAUCUCUCUCUGUCUCUCUAAACCUUCCCUUUUUUUUUGUAAUAAUUUGGUGCUACUAUAUUUCACUUUGGCUACAGGACUGGUCACAGAUACUCCACUUGUCUUUGCUUGAGUGGCCUGAAGGUUUAGCCUGAUCUCUUAAACCUGUUCACUAACAGGUUCGUUUUGUGUAGUUUUAAUAAAAUCCACUCUUUUAAAGACGGUGAUUUUCCAGAUAUCAUUUCCCACAAAAAAAGGAAUAUCUUAUAUAAUACGAAAUGAGAGAUUUGUUUCUACGUUAUCCGAUAGCUGUUACUUGACCACGUUGUUUUUAUGUUAUUGCUUUGUCCCGUAUCGACGUAUUCAUCGAGUCCUCGCUGUUCCUCAGCUGAAGCAGAGUUUGAUUUGCACAAAGAGUCAGCGUCGGAGGACUCGCGUCUUUUAUGUUUUUUUGUGAUUUGACUCGACGUCUCUGCGGAAGCUGUGUGUGUCUCACUGCAGUGAAUUUGCCACGGUCUUGCCAUUUAGUUUAGUUAGAUUUAACACCUCUGCAGUAAGACACUUGUGAGCGAAGGCAGUGCUGACUCACCAGGAUAUUUUCAGAUCACAGGAUGUCAAUUUGUGUCAUUGGCUGCAGACGGUGGCAGCUUGUGCAUAAAGCCUUCAAAAAGGAAAGAACUGUCAUUAACACAAACCACAUGUUGUACAAGUUACUCAUACUGCGAAUGCAAAUUCAGAGCACAGUGGGCCGCGGUGUGUCGGCCCUGCCAGCAGCAACAUGCCCAGUGACGCUGAGUUAAGACCACACUGCUUCCAAUAAGCCACUCACACUCGUGUGCUAACCUGAGGAUGGAUUUACACACAUUCUUAGUAUUUGGUUUCUCAAUUAGACCUCAUUUAAACUGUUUCUGACCACCAGGUAAUUCAACACACUGAAUAAAGGGAAGUGAAUAAAAUCUUUAUGCGGAUGUUAGGGGACGUCUACCUGACUCUUUAAUCUCCUGAGACCCUGCGUCCUCUUAUUUAGGUUUGUGGCAGCUUAUUCUGCUUCAUUUAGUCCUGUUGUCCUCAUAAGUGGAUGCCUUUGUCUGAAAUAUAGUUGUAGCAAAGGGUCAGUACAUUCAUUCUGCAGCUAAUCACGGGUCAAAAGUGGACAAAGUAUUUUGUAAAUCACUCGUUUUUUGUACUUUGUCCUCAUCAAGUUUUACGGUCGAAACUUAUAUUAUGCAUUUUAACUUUUCUAGUUUGAUACGACGCGCAAAUUUAACAAAUCCUAUCAAUAGUAACGAGCGUCAACGUCGCUAAUUAGCAAGCACUCGUUUGAGGACGUUGGGACUUCAUUGUUUUGCGUAUCCUGUUUUUGUUCAGCCGUGUUCAGGUAUUGGUUUUAUACAUUUGUUCCACAUUGGUAUCAUUAUUAUAUUAUAUUACACAAUGAAAUAAUCCCUGUGUCCACAUAUGAGGACAUUUAUUUUUUUCGCCCAAAAACUACUUUGAGUUCGAAGAUGAACCGAAGAAGUUUUUAUCCAACUUAGGUUUUACUAAUACUAAAUAUCUUGGAGAAAUUAAUGUGUUGCAAAAAAAAAAACUUUGGGUCUCAGGAGAUUAAACAACCAUCUUCUUCUAUCGGUCCGUGGUCCAGUUCUGAUGCUAACGUCCCCAUUGUCGUCAUUAUAAAAAAAAACAGUUUAGUAACAACUAAAGAAAAAAAAACUUGAACAGCACAAGGUGUUGACUUGGCCUCCAAAUAAGAACUAUACUGGAUAGUUCAUAUUAGGAAGGUGGCCAUAAUAUUAUGCCUGAUCAGGGUAGUUCCUUCCUGUGUGUAUCCGUGUCAGCUCUUUUUCUUUUUUUAAGUCAGUUUUCCUGCUGCUGGACAGGAAACACAUCCCAUGACAUAAGUCCGUUUUCAUUGACACAUUUUGAAGACGCUGUUUCAGCCGUUUUUCUCCAGUAAUUUUAGAAAUGCUGCCUCAGAGGCUCUGUGAUCAGUCAUCAGGUGUCUGACGGCAUCGCUGCGUCGUCCACUUUGCUCUGAAAUCUGCUGUGAUGUCUGUCACCCUGACCACGGCUGAUAGCAGCUCCGUGCAACGCUAAAUGUCAGAUAAUUAAAUUUUUUUAAGAGAGGAAGCCACAGUUCGUCUUCACGAGUGUUAGCUGCGAUGUUCCUUUUUUUCUGAUUUCCAUGGUGCUUCGGUUUGGAAAGGUGCUAUUCUUUCACUGUUGUUUUCAUUUCUCAUUAUUUGGAAAUCCAUUUGAGCCUUUUGUAAUGAUAUCAAACCGCAGAGCCGACCUGAGGUGUACAUACGAGUGCAGCUGCUCAACCACGACGGCCCUCCACUGUUCGUUUCUUCACAAUUUAAUUUUCACUCUCUGCUCAAAGCUCUAAAAAAAAAAAAAACGCAGCUCAGAAAAGAUAUUUUAGGGUUAUAUCCAUUUCUGAUGGGGCUCUGAUGAUGAGGUUGUUAUAAAAUGACCCCAUAUUGGAAGUUUUAAUCACACACUUUGGUUUGGGAACACCAAAUUGUGCACAAAUUCUCAAAACUCAAAUCCCUCAUUAUACAUUCAGUCAUAUCCUCUCCAAGGGCAUAGCUAACUCAUAGGUGGGGGUUUAUCAAGGCUGAAAAAGUAGAAACAUUACAAUCAGUAGCAUUGUGUAACAUCCUGAUUCAGGCCCAUUUACACCUACACGUGUUCUUGUUACCUUCACUGUGAUCGGAUCGCAAUAUAAAAACUGUUUUGGUGUCACAGAUGAAAUUAGAUCAUUAUUCGCUUAUUUCCGCUGCCACCUGUGGGGAUCUUCAGACAUGCUUAAUUUAGGUGACCACAUUCACACACCUGCUGAGGUCCAAUCACGGUGUGAGUCUGCGUUCAUUUACACUUUGGUUUCCCCUUAUCUAGAUUUAAUUUGCCCGGACAUGAUGUAAAUCGGUGUCUGAGAGGCAGUUUUAUUCCGAUGACGAGUAAAGAGGAGGGACAGUACUGGUGCCUGUUGUUUUUCACAUGCUAAUUGUAACGUGACAUGUACUGUAUAUUGUUCAAUACUAUCGGAGAUGAAUUCAUCUGUCCCUCAUGUACGUAUUUUUAAAAGGAAAUAUUAAAAUUGUUUAAACAUGA